AUGAGAUCUGCCAACUAUCCAACCCCAGCAGAAUUGGAUGCCUUUGCUAAGAAAGUCGCCAACAAGCCUCUGACCAUAAAGAUCUUCCCCAACAGUGUCAAAGUACCACAGAGGAAGCACAUCCGCCGCACGGUGAACGGGUUGGACACAUCCACCUCCAGCCAGCGCCACAGCCCCUACCCGUCUCAGGUCAGCAGCACCAGAGCGGGCCUCCUGGCUGUCCUCCGCACUUCGCCCGGCAAAGACAGCAGCCAAGCCCGUCUGCUUCCCAAAGCAGCCAUGAACCUCCACAGCGGGCCGUACGUCGUUCAGAGCACUUUAAACCUCCCCCUGCCUGUCCCCCACGUCCAGGGCAUGUCUCAAACCCAGCCCCAGGCAUUGGCCCAGAAACAGAGCCUCCCACAUCCACAGCAUGCUCUACAGCAGCAGCACAACAUGGCUCACCCCAUGACUUUACAGCCACAGAAUAUGCCUCAACCUCACCCUCAAACUUUACAGCAACAGAACAUGGCUCACCCUCAAACUUUACAGCAACAGAACAUGGCCCACCCUCAAACUUUACAGCAGAAUCUCCAGCGGCAGCAGAGUUUGCCUCACACGCAGACUUUACAGCAGCAGCAGCAAACUCCGACUCGGCCACAAACCUUACAGCAGCAACAACAGCAGCAUCUUCUUCAUCAUCAGACUCUGCAGCACCAGACACUUCCCCACCAACAAGCUUUACUACAGCAGGCUGUGGCUCGGGCUCAAGGUCUCCGGCACCUGCCUGACGUGACCCAGGCCCAGCCUCCACCGAGUCUGCAACAUUCCCAGGGCCUGCAGCACCCCCAGAGCCUGCCCCUGUCACAGCCUCUCCCCCAGGGCCUGCGACACCUGCCUGAUGUGGCCCAGGCCCAGCCACCCAGUCUGCAACAUUCCCAGGGCCUCCCCCCGUCUCAGCCUCUCCCCCAGGCCUCCGGUACCGGCCCUGGCUCCCCCUCUGCUUCCAAUGUCCUGCAGCCCCAGCCAGGCCCCAGGAAGCUGCCAGACGCAGACGCCCCGCCAAACGUAACCGUAUCUACCUCCACCAUCCCACUGUCCAUGGCGGCCGGCCUGCACCACAACCGGCCGGGCCCCGACCUGAGCAGCAUCGUGCACCAGAUCAAGCAGUUCUGCCAGGCUCGGGCCGGAAUGGGCUCCACUUCGGUGUGCGAGGGCCAGAUCGCCAACCCCAGCCCCAUCAGCCGUAACCUCCUCAUCAACGCCAGUUCCAGGGUCAACACACCCCACAAUCUGGGCCUCCUUCCCUCCUGCCUGCUGGGCCCGAAAGAGAAGGUCCCUGGAGGAUCCCAGGGCCCUGCGGGUGCUAGUGGCCUACAGCCCAACAUGGCUGUCAUGAACAGGAUGCCACCUGCUUUCCACACUGACAUGACGCAGCAGUUACAGCAGCAGCAAUUACAGCAGUUACAACAGGCUCACCAGCAUCAACAACAACAUCAGUUACAGCAGCUCCAACAGGUUCACCAGCAGCAGCAACAACAUCAGUUACAGCAGCAACAUCCGCUCCAACAGCAGCAACUCCAACAGCAGCGCUCCUGGAACCAGCACCAGCUGGCUCACAUGCAGCACCUGCCUGAGGGAGCCCACCCCUGUAAGAACCCCAGGAGAGAAGCCCCCUCUGGGCCUGGCUUCUCUGCCAAGACCCUCAACUACCGCCACGAGCUGCUGGCCUCGCAGCCACAAGCCUUCCCCCUUAAACACCCAUCAGACAAGACAACCUCCUCGCCCCCCGUCACCGGCCCAGCAGGCGGCACCAUGCCAAGCUACACCAACGGGCCCCACCUGCAGGUUCCAUGGGGCAGCGUCCUACAAGCAGCCAAAAGUGACGGCCUAGGCCCACAGGAUUUGCCCAUGGCCUUCCAGGGGGGCCCGGCAGGGGCCUCCAUAGACUGCAGCACACCAGGAUCACAGUACCGACCAGGAGCCAGACCUGGGGUCCCAGGUCCAAGUCAGACCAAGCUGAUGCAGCAGAAUGUGUCUGAUUACCUGGCUGGGGAGUUCCAGGCAUUCCAGCAGAACCCAGGAGCCAUGGGGAAGAUGCACAGGCCCCCCAUGGGCAGAGCUCCAGGCCAGGGCCCAGAGCUAGGCAAUGGUAGAAAUAUCCAAGCUCACCACCCAGGCUAUAGAUAG